AUGCAUAACGACGAAGAAAGAUUAUACGAUCCCAAUGAUGAAGAAGCCUCAUUGGACAAUGAAAUUGCCCAAAAUAGAGAUGCAACUUCAACGACCACCGAAUCGAUUCCAGGCGAAAAUGAUGACAAUAAUUCCAAUUCAACACUGCCUCCAUCUGUUGAGGGCCAACCGGUGAUUAAACAUCGAUUUUUUAUAUUGGAACCAGCAGUAUUUUUAGUAUUUCUAGCAAUGUAUUUAUCUGGAACUGUUUAUCAAAAUCAAUUACUAUAUCAAACCUGCAUUUACGUUUUCGAGUACAAUGAAACCCAAUGUGCACCAUUGUUAGGCGUUGAACGCGAAACCGAAGAGGUCCAACACAUAGAAACCCAGGUCCAACCCUAUGUUGCUAGAAUAUUAAUGGCCCGUUCCCUGCUGGAAAGUAUAAUACCAGCAAUUGUUAGUUUAUUUAUUGGUCCCUGGUCGGAUAAAUUUGGUCGCAGGCCAAUUGUUUUAACCACAUUUACAGGUUAUCUCACUGGUUCCAUAAUAUUAACAAUUCUAAGUUUUAUUGCCACCAAAACUGUUAUAAGUCCUUGGGUAUUUCUGUUGAGUUCAGUGCCCUCGGUAUUGAGUGGUGGAACAUGUGCCUUAAUCACCGGAAUUUAUUGUUAUAUAUCGGAUGUGGCCAAAGAAAAGGCAAGAGCUUUAAGAAUGGUAUUAAAUGAAGCCGCUCUGUGCACAGGCAUGAUGAUCGGCAAUGUUGUUAGUGGUUAUUUAUAUGCUGCCACAAAUACUGUAACUGUAUUUGCCAUAUCAUCAGGUCUAAUGCUAUUGGCUUUAAUUUAUGUUGCAAUAUUUGUAAUUGAAAGUCUACGACCUGAUCAAAUACAUUCUGGGUCCAAAAUUAGGGAAUUUUUCCGUUUCGAUUUGGUUAAGGAUUUGGUGAGGACUUGCCUUAAACGACGUCCCAACUACGAUCGUUCCAUUAUUUGGUUAACAAUGAUGGCACUGACAAUAGCCAUUUUUACAAUGGAAGGUGAUUCGAAUGUUACAUAUUUGUAUGUACGCAAACAAUUCGAAUGGACUUUGAAGGAUUUUAGUAUGUUUAAUGCUGCUCGUAUUGUGGUGCAAAUUAUUGGCAGUGUUUUGGGCAUGUUUGUAUUGAGGAGGCUAUUGAAAUUUUCCAUUACCUCAAUGAACAUGAUUGCCAUAGCAAGUUGUGUGUUGGAAAGUACGGUUAGAGCCACUGCAAUAUAUUGGUGGGAAUUGUAUGUGGGUCUUACCUUGGGUUUAAUGCGUGGCAUUAUGGGACCAAUGUCCAGAGCCAUACUAUCUCAUGUUGCCCCAGCCACUGAAGUUGGUAAAAUAUUUGCCUUAACCACUUCGUUGGAAUCAUUAUCGCCUCUCAUUGCCGCACCUUUAUAUACAAUUGUAUACAAUGCCACCUUGGCCUAUCAUCCAGGCUUAUUUAACUUUAUAAGCGCUGGUUUAUAUUUGUUAUGUUUUACAUUUAUAUCAAUUAUAUUUGGCAUACAAAAAUCAUUGGGUCACACAGCUACCUAUCAGGCUAUAAGUAGCUAAACUAAAA